UUGUUUUGUUUUGUUUUGCAGGGGGGACUUUCACCUGGUCUUCCUUGAUGGCUUUUCAAGACCUCCUGGAUCAAGUGGGAGUUUUGGGGAAAUUCCAGAUUCUUCAGAUCAUUUUCCUUUGUCUCUCCAACCUCAUAGUGUGUCCACAUAUCGUACUGGAGAACUUCACCGCAGCCAUCCCUGAUCACCGCUGCCAGGUCCACCUCCUUGACAAUGCCACCAUCUCUGCUACUAAUGGCACAGGGGUCCUCAGCCCUGACGAUCUCCUGCCAACCUUCAUCCCACGAGAUUCCAACCUGAUGCCAGAGAAGUGUCGCCGUUUUAUCCGGCCCCAAUGGCAACUCCUUCACCUCAAUGGGAGAGUCUCCAAUGCGACUGAGCCAGACACAGAGCCUUGUGUGGACGGUUGGGUGUAUGACCAAAAGACUUUCACCUCUACCAUUGUGACUAAGUGGGACCUUGUCUGUGACUCUCGGUCACUGAAAUCAGUGGCCAAAUUCCUCUUCAUGGUUGGAAUGCUGGUAGGGGGCAUCCUGUUCGGCCAUUUAUCAGACAGGUUCGGCAGGAGUGUGGUGUAUAGAUGGUGUGUGCUCCAGCUGGCCAUUGCUGAGACCGGUGCAGCCUUCGUCCCCACCUUUUUCCUUUACUGCUCGCUACGCUUCUUGGCUGGCUUUUUCACUUCCAGCAUCCUGACAAAUUCUACUGUGCUUAUUAUGGAGUGGACGGUGCCUCGAUUCCAAGCCUUGGGGCUCACCAUGACCAUCUCUGCCAGUUGCAUCGGCAACGUCAUACUGGGAGGACUGGCUUUCAUCAUUCGGGAUUGGCUCACUCUACAACUGGUGUAUUCACUACCACUGUUUGUCAUCUUUCUUUCCUCAAGAUGGCUGGCAGAGUCUGCUCGGUGGCUGAUUAUCAACAACAAACUGGAGGAAGGCUUAAAGGAACUUAGAAAAGCUGCACACAGGAAUGGGAUAAAGAAUACAGGAGACAUCCUAACCAUGGAGGUUGUGAAAGCCAAUAUGCAGGAGGAAUUGGAGGCAGUGAAGAAGAAGACGUCGGUGACACACUUGUUUCGAACACCCAAAAUGCGCAAGAGGGUCUGCCUCCUGUUCUUUGUGCGAUUUGCAGUCUUCAUUCCCUUUUAUGGCCUGAUUCUGCACCUCCAGGACAUGGGGAGCAAUAUUUUCCUGUUCCAGGUUCUCUUUGGUGCAAUUAACUUCCUGUCCAAUUUUGUUGCACUUUUGGUACUGAAUAAUAUGGGCCGACGAGUAAGCCAGAUACUUCUUUCCUCCUUCGUUGGGAUCUUCAUUAUCACCAGCACAUUUCUGCCUGAAGAAAUGCAGAUUCUCAAGAUGACUUUCUCAACUCUGGGAGUUGGAGCAGUUUCUGCCUCUGUCAUGUGCAGUUUUGCCCAUGGAAAUGAACUAAUGCCCACUGUAGUCAGGGCAACAGCUUCAGGGGUCUUGGGACUUGCUGGCAGUAUAGGUGGAGCCCUCGCUCCCCUUUUGAUGAUCCUCAAGCUGUAUUCUCACCACUUGCCCUGGAUCAUGUAUGGAGUUUUCCCCAUCCUCAGUGUACCUGUUGUCUUCCUCCUUCCGGAAACCAGGAAUCAGCCUCUGCCCGACUCCAUCCAGGAUGUGGAAAAUGGGUGAGUCAACUCAAAUGAUAAUCUCUCAGUAGUUCUGCACUCUAGGU